AUGCAGAUGGAAAGCUCGCUCCGCAACAUUCUCCAUUCCAGCGAACCUGCUUAUGAUUCCUCGUCUCUCCAUACUGGCCAUUUGCCGGCAACCGUGCAACAAAAUGGCCCUUUUAUCGGCGCAAUGGAGGCUGAAAAUGUCUUGAACGAUUCCCGGAAGCGUCCUGCCACGCGGAUAAAGUCGUCCUAUCCGCGAAAGAGAGCCAUUCAAGCCUGCCAGAAGUGCAGAGUCCGGCGAACAAAAUGCAAUAACGCUCGUCCAACCUGCUCCUCCUGCUUGUCGAUUGGCGCCGAGUGCACAUAUAGCGAAGGAGACCAUUCUACCUUCGAUUCCGCGAGUCUGGCAAUUUUGGACAAGUUGAACACCAUCGAGGAGCUCUUGAGAUCGCCCACUGCCCGGCCCCCGGCCGUCCCAGCAGCCCCCAGCACUGCAGCUGACAGCCCCAGUCGCGGGGUCUUGUCCCGGCUAAAGUCACUGAAUUCACCCAGUCUCGAAAGAGCGAAGGAUGCCACCCCCUGUCACAUGAACAUUGAAGGAGUCUUGUCGUGGUCAGUGUUCGAUGAUGUUAGCCCCAACCUGGACCUCAAAGGCCUUCUCAACGCCAGCCACGGCGCGUUGCAAAACCUGUCAAUCGUGUCGGAAUUCGACGAACAUGUCGCCGAGGAGGAGUUGGUCGCGAGGUUUAUGAACAAUGUCUUCAUUUACAAUCCGGUCUUGGAGGAAGCCAAAAUUCAUCGGUACAUGCGUGAUGCCCGCUUCAACGGCAUUGGAUGGGACGCCCAGUCGUGUCUGUUGCUCCUGAUAUACGCUCAUGGCUCGAUCGUCGGCCCAUUUGAUGGUGGACAACAACAAGAUGCAUCGUCAUUUCGGUCAUCUCCUCAGUUCAAACAGUCCGAGUCGUACUUCUCUGCCGCCCAGAAAAGGAUGGGGCACCUUCUCUGCCGCACGGGGGUGUUGGAGGCACAGUGUUUCUUCCUGGCAGGAGUUUAUUUGAUGGCAACAUUGCGUCCAAUGGAGGCGUGGAAGAUGUUUGUCCAAGCCCUUGCCUGCUGCCAGGCGUUCUAUACGGAGAAAGAGUCGCCCGAAGCCGACAGGGAAGGAGAACAGCGUCUGCGGGAAAGCAUCUACUGGACUUGUUUCAAAUCAGAGCUCGAACUCCGUCUCGAACUGAAUGUUUCCGAAACGUCGAUUUGGGACCUCACUUACCCUGCCUUCUUCCCUUCUCCUCCCGAGGGUCUCCGAUCCCAACGAGAAAUAGUGUGGUAUUUUUAUCUGGCCGAGAUUGCCCUUCGACGGCUUGGCAAUAGGAUCCUUAACUUUAUCUACGAUACUAAGGCCACGAGUUCCCUCUCCAACGCGGCCGAGUCUACUAUUGGAUUUGAACAGCAGGCGGCAGAUUGGAUCCGAUCGCUCCCGCAAGCACUCGAUCUCGACGCGCCGUCAGUCGGAGAGGAGAGUGAUCUGCAUCACUCACUCAAAUUCAUACUGAAAGGACACCUCCUCGACUGCUACGAAAUGAUGUAUUGGCCCUUUAUCGUCGCGGCGGUCAACUAUGAUACCCCCGAGAGGACCCCAACGAUCUCGACUGAUUCGAUGGACUCGUUUGUGCGCAAAGCGCUGGUAGUGUGCGUGGAGCGCAUCGAAAAGAACGAACAGGGCUUUUUCUAUCGCCAUCACGGGACCUGGCUGAUGCUGCGGUCUUGCACGAGAAGUGCACUUGUUCUUCUUGGGGCGGCCAGGCUUGAAAAGCUAACACUAUUAAUGCCGGAUCGCUGGCGAGCGGCGGUGGAAAAGGUAGUCGAAAUGUUGAUAUUCUGGAGGCGAGAGAGCAGAGACGUGGAAGACCGCCUGCGACUCGUGGAGACGUUGCUGGCCGGUCUGACGUUCAAUGAUCCGCGUGCUUUGUGA